AUGAGAGCCAUUAUUGGAGAACUUGUUGGCAACUUAGAUGACCAAGCACGGAUCUUUGUUGAAGGUAAUAACUCUGCUCUACUUGACAACACACACAUGACCACUGGGGCUGAUGCAAUUGACUGGCCUAAUCAGCAUAGCCGAAUGGAUGAUGGAGGGGGAGAGGAGAGAAGGGACCGGGGACAUAAUAUGGGACUUGGUCUCCAAAGGUUAAACCGAGCACGCCGUGGCAAGUCGCAAGUUGUCAUAAUCAAAGGGCAUAUAAGGCGGUGGUUCCUCUUGUUGCUUGCAAAGUUUGCAAGUGAAUGCAACAUCAUAGUUAGGAACCAUGUGCCUAUACUCCCGCAUUUGAAGUCAUACAAGAAAAACCUGCGCAUCAAGUUCAAAGGAGAAAGAACCAAAGAGAAAGAACCAAACGAGAAAGAACCAAAAGAGAAAGAACUCGCAUCUGCGUAUGUUGAUUUAUUCUUAGGAAAACUAAAGGCCAAGUUUGACAUAAACACAGAGGAUAACACAGUUAAAAAGGGUUGUAUUGAGAUGAUGCAAUCUGCGACUCAGAUGGAAAACAAGCUAUCUACAACAACAGAAGGUGAAGAACUUAAGUCUGCGGCUCAAGUUGUUGCUGAUGUGCUUGCUGAGAACACCAAGAAGAAUCAGUUCUUGCAGAAUGUGGGGUACCGUAAUGCCCGGCGUAAUUCCAAUGGGCGAGCGCUGAACUGGAAGCGGAGAAAAGACCAAUGGUGA